AUGGGGGAGAUGUUGUUUCUCGCGUGCCACCUUCUCCUCUCCCUCGCCCUCAUCGUCGCCUCCCUCUCCCACCUAUUCUUCUCCUCCGUUGCCCACCAAUCCCCCGCGCACACUAACAACCACCGCUUUCGCAUCCUUCGACAUCCACUCUUUCGCAUACUCCCCGUCCUCGCUGCCCUCCCAUUCCCCUUCCUUCCCAUCGCCCCCACCUCUCGCCUACUCACAUUCACCCUCCUACCUCCCCUCCUCCUUCUACUCCCACUCCCCUUCCUCCCGGUCAACCACCUCCCACUCCUACGCCCUUUAUUCUUAUCCCUCCCUCUACUCCUCCAAGCCCGCGCCGUGGGUCUUCUCGCCGAUGCAUUCCCCGUAUCCGAUCUCCAGGUUCACACUCUCUCCAUCGCCACCCUCCUCCUCAUCACUGCCGCCACUACUUCCCUAGUAUCCACAUUGUCGCAGUCGAGAACCACCCAGCACUUGUUAGCGGAGACAUUGUUUACCUUUGUCGGUAUCGUUGGUGGCCUCUGGGCUCUCCAAAGUGGCCUCAACCUUUACGUCGACUCCUGCGUCCCCGCGGGUUGCCACCGGCUGAUGGACACAACUCUCGCACCAGCCACACGUUGUGACGUUGAUGAAGCUAGGCUACAGGCCAUUGCGUUCAUGGAUGUCAUGCUGUCAGUGCAUUGCUUGAUUGCGGCAACUUUUGUGUCUGGGUUGCAUCUCGGGGUGGCAAACAGGUACGUGGUUGAUGGUGGGGGUGUUAAUGUUGGUAUGGGGACAGGUCGAAGGCAUAAUAGCAUUGGGGGUUCAUAUGAUGCCCUGCCCAUGGUGCCUUUGUCAUCGGGGGCCAUUGAGGAGACAGAGUAUUUGCCUGUGAAGGGCGUCGUUGGCAAGGCUGUGGCACAGGAAUAA